CGGAGGUCCUAGUGUUCCCUCUGCAGCCUCCGCCAUCAAGGCCUUCGUCGACGUCCUGGGCAGCAAAGAGCCCUGAGGUGGCAGGAGCGACUCCUACCAGGCUUCGGCACUGGGAAUGUACACCUCUGGCUACCGGAGGCCAAGAAGCAUCCGUGGGGUCGCAGAUUGCACAGAAUCGUUAGUGCAAGUGUGGGCGGGGACUUGGCAGAGAGAAACCAAUGAGAUGUGUUUCGAAGCGGAGAGCCUAGCCAAUUAGAGAGAAGAAUACGCCCAGGGAGCCAAUGGGCAGGCGAGAGUCGGGCCUCUCCUGCACCUGGUGGCCCCAGCAUGGAAUGGGAGUACCAGGGGUAUCCAUGGCCUGAGUGGGGCGAUGGCUCAAGAGGGCAAUCAGAGGAAGAGAAGGACUCUAUUCCAAUUCCUGACUGAACAUUUCUACGACGUGGAGGCCCUGAGGCAGUACUUAGUCCAGAAACAAAUACUGAAGGUGCACAAGGAAAACGGACCCCUCAUCGCCAUCCAGAAGCAGUAUGGCCCAUAUGUCACAGGUGCCUACUUCGUCCUGAAGCUGGGAGGUGCAGUCAAGUUUCAGGACCAGGAGUGGAUCCGGCCAAAUGGGUGUGCCCAUUUCUCUCCAGAGUUUGUCAAGUUCCACGCGGUGCCUGUGGAGGCUGUGGAUGUCAGCAGCUGUGCCAUCAACUACCAUGGCCUGGACAACCUCUUGCUCCUCAAGGAACUAAGGUCCCUGUCGCUGCAGCGGUGCCCCCAUGUGGAUGAUUGGUUUCUCAGCCGCCUCUACCUGCUGGCUGGUUCUCUGCAAGAACUGUCACUGGCCGGGUGUCCCCACAUCUCAGAACGGGGCCUUGCCUGCCUCCACCACCUCCAGAACCUCCGCAAGCUGGACAUUUCGGACCUCCCAGCCGUUUCCCACCCAAGACUCACUCAGAUCCUGGUGGAGGAGAUGCUGCCCAACUGUGAGGUCUUAGGGCCUGACUGGGCCAAGGGUGUGGAGCUGGGGCUGGAGGAGCAGCCUGGGGAUCUAGCCAGCCGUGUCCCUACUUAGUCUUCAGCCUGUGUCCCACUCCAGCGGGAUUUUGGAGAGUUGUGUGUCGAGUCUGUUGGCUUCCACACUCUGGCUACAAGUGGAGUUCACCCAACAUUGGGGGGUGAGGGGCAAAUCAAAGGGAAGGAAAGAUGAGAUCAGGGUAUUGAUUCCUGACUGCCUCCUGGCAGUCACAGCUCCAAUCCUGCCAGGCAGCCCUUUCCACACACUGCUGCAUGCAGUUCUGGGGUUCUCUGCACGUGACCUUCACUUGGCAAAAGGCUCCUGCAAACCGUCUACAUUUGAGUGUGCAUCCAUCUCUUGCAGGGGCCCUGACUAACGCUAAGAGUGCUGCUGGCCCUUUACAGCAAUGGUUCUGCCCUGUACAGGACUGGUCAGCUUAUUGUAGGUGUCCAGCAUCCUUGGCCCACACUGACUAAGGGCCAGUAGCCCGAGGUCCUGUGGCAUGGCUGCUCUGUGAAAAUGGAGCUGGGCCUUUGGAGUAUUUCUCUGCUAAAUGGCAUGUUAGCCUUUGUCAGUAGAGGGCGCAGGGGAGGCGUUCAGGGGAAAGGCUGGCUCAUGCACUGUGCGCUUACUCAGGGUCUAGAUGCUGCAGGGCACUGCUCCCCAGCACCCAGCUCCUGGACUGCUGUAUGGUCUGCAGCCUUGUCUGGCAUCCCCACCCCAGAUGGAUUUCCAGUCAGUUCCAAGGCACUUCACUAAUGAAUCCCUCAUGAUUCCAUUUCGCUGUUGAAGUCAAUAAUUCUUUAUAUUAAACUU